GUCGGUGACAGUCGUACCGUCGCUGCUGGCCCUACAGGCUCUGGCCUCUGCACUGUACCGCCUCCAGAUUCCUUCUGUGCCUUCCUGACCUGUGACCCUGCUUGCUUAAGGAACUUCGACCCUGUCUGAUGACAGAGGCUCAAUUAGUUUCUGUGUAGCCGCGAGUUCCCAACUCUAUCCCUGGGUCAUCGAAUUCCGAGCAAACGCUGCGUUGCCCUUCCCACGGUCAAGGAGAACGUUCGGCCAGCGUAGAGACUCAACGCCCCUCCCCCUAGGUCUGGAUGGAGGAUACUUCAAAGUGAAAUGACAGACCAGGAGAAUAACAACAACAUCUCAAGUAACCCCUUUGCUGCGCUUUUUGGCUCUCUGGCUGAUGCCAAACAGUUUGCAGCAAUCCAAAAAGAGCAGCUGAAGCAGCAGUCUGAUGAAACCCCAGCUAGCCCAGAUGACUCAGAUAACAGUGUGUCGGAGAGCCUGGAUGAAUUUGAUUACUCGGUGGCUGAGAUUAGCCGCUCGUUCCGCUCCCAGCAGGAAAUAUGCGAACAGCUCAACAUCAAUCACAUGAUCCAAAGGAUCUUCCUCAUCACUCUGGACAACAGUGACCCAAGCUUAAAAAGUGGGAAUGGCAUCCCCAGCCGUUGUGUGUACUUGGAAGAAAUGGCAGUAGACCUGGAUGAUCAAGACUGGCUUGAUAUGAACAACAUUGAGCAGGCCCUCUUCUCUCGCUUAUUACUUCAAGAUCCAGGCAACCACUUGAUUAACAUGACUUCUUCUGCAACGGUGAAUCUCUCUGCUGAUCGAGAUGCAGGGGAGAGGCACAUUUUCUGUUACCUUUAUUCCUGCUUCCAAAGAGCCAAGGAGGAGAUUACCAAAGUUCCAGAGAACCUGCUACCCUUCGCGGUACAGUGCAGGAAUCUCACUGUGUCCAAUACCCGAACCGUUCUCCUCACCCCCGAGAUCUAUGUUGACCAAAAUAUCCACGAGCAACUGGUAGAUUUGCUGUUAGAAGCCAUCCAAGGAGCCCAUUUUGAAGAUGUCACUGAGUUUCUGGAAGAGGUCAUUGAAGCCUUGACAAUGGACGAGGAGGUUCGAACAUUUUCAGAAGUCAUGAUUCCAGUGUUUGAUAUUUUAUUGGGUCGAAUAAGAGACCUGGAGCUCUGUCAGACCCUGCUGUAUGCCUAUCUGGAUAUUCUUCUCUAUUUCACCAGGCAAAAGGACAUGGCAAAGGUGUUUGUAGAGUACAUUCAGCCCAAGGACCCCAGCAAUGGACAGAUGUACCAGAAGACCUUGCUGGGUGUUGUUCUGAGCAUCUCCUGCUUGCUCAAGACUCCUGGUGUGGUGGAAAAUCAUGGCUACUUCCUGAGUCCAUCCCGGUCCAGUCCCCAGGAGAUCAAAGUACAGGAGGCCCACAUCCAUCAGUUCAUGGCUCAGUUCCAUGAAAAGAUCUACCAGAUGCUGAAGAACUUACUCCAGCUCUCUCCAGAAACCAAGCACUGUAUCUUGUCCUGGCUUGGAAACUGUUUGCAUGCAAAUGCAGGCCGCACCAAGAUCUGGGCCAACCAGAUGCCAGAAAUCUUCUUGCAAAUGUAUGCCUCGGAUGCCUUCUUUCUGAAUCUGGGUGCUGCUCUUCUGAAGCUAUGCCAGCCAUUUUGCAAACCCAGAUCCUCUCGGCUCCUCACCUUUAAUCCCACUUACUGUGCUCUGAAGGAGUUGAAUGAUGAAGAACGAAAAAUUAAAAAUGUACACAUGAGAGGGCUGGACAAAGAAACCUGCUUGAUCCCAGCUACGCAGGAGCCGAAGUUUCCCCAGAGCUACAACCUUGUGACGGAGAACCUCGUCCUGACAGAGUACACCUUGUCCUUGGGAUUUCACAGGCUGCAUGACCAGAUGGUAAAAAUCAACCAAAAUCUGCAUCGGCUACAGGUUGCCUGGCGGGACGCUCAGCAGAGUUCGAGCCCUGCCGCUGACAACCUCCGUGAGCAGUUUGAACGAUUGAUGACCAUUUAUCUUUCCACCAAGACGGCCAUGACUGAGCCGCAGAUGUUACAAAACUGCCUGAACUUGCAGGUGUCCAUGGCUGUCCUUCUGGUCCAGCUGGCCAUAGGCAACGGAGGCUCACAGCCAAUGGAGCUAACGUUUCCUUUGCCAGAUGGCUACAGCAAUUUGGCUUAUGUGCCAGAAUUUUUUGCAGAUAACCUGGGUGACUUCCUCAUUUUUCUGCGCCGCUUUGCCGAUGACAUCUUAGAGACAUCCGCAGGCUCCCUGGAACAUGUUCUUCACUUUGUUACCAUUUUCACCGGCAGCAUAGAAAGAAUGAAGAAUCCUCAUCUACGGGCCAAACUUGCUGAGGUGUUGGAAGCAGUGAUGCCCCACCUGGAUCAGACCCCAAAUCCUUUGGUAUCCAGUGUAUUUCACCGCAAACGUGUGUUCUGCAAUUUUCCACAUGCGCCCCAACUUGCAGAAGCACUCAUUAAGGUCUUUGUAGACAUUGAGUUUACAGGAGACCCUCAUCAAUUUGAGCAGAAGUUUAAUUACCGCCGUCCCAUGUACCCCAUCCUCAGGUACAUGUGGGGCACAGAGACCUAUCGGGAGAGUAUCAAGGAUUUGGCUGACUAUGCCUCUAAGAACUUAGAAGCCAUGAAUCCACCACUCUUCCUCCGCUUCCUUAACCUGCUGAUGAAUGAUGCUAUCUUCCUUUUGGAUGAAGCUAUACAGUAUUUGAGCAAGAUAAAGAUUCAGCAGAUUGAGAAGGACCGAGGUGAAUGGGAUAGUCUAACUCCGGAAGCCCGCCGAGAGAAGGAGGCUGGCUUACAGAUGUUUGGACAGCUGGCCCGUUUCCAUAACAUCAUGUCCAAUGAAACCAUUGGUACCCUUGCCUUUCUGACAUCAGAAAUCAAAUCACUCUUCGUGCACCCCUUCCUGGCGGAGCGCAUCAUCUCCAUGCUGAACUACUUCCUGCAGCACCUGGUGGGUCCCAAGAUGGGGGCUUUGAAAGUCAAGGACUUCAGUGAGUUUGACUUCAAGCCCCAGCAGCUCGUUUCAGAUAUCUGCACUAUCUACCUGAACCUUGGGGAUGAGGAGAAUUUCUGUGCCACUGUGCCCAAGGAUGGCCGUUCCUAUUCCCCCACGCUCUUUGCACAGACAGUCCGAGUCCUGAAGAAAAUAAAUAAGCCUGGAAAUAUGAUUGUGGCUUUCAGCAGUUUGGCCGAGAGAAUCAAGUCUCUUGCAGACCUCCAGCAGCGGGAGGAGGAGACCUAUGCAGAUGCUUGUGAUGAAUUCCUGGAUCCCAUCAUGAGCACACUGAUGUCUGACCCUGUGGUGCUGCCGUCGUCCAGAGUCACUGUGGAUAGGUCCACCAUUGCCAGGCAUUUGCUCAGGUGUGCCGAGCCUCAAAACCAGCCACAGGAGCACAGAUGUGCAUCUGUUGGUUGUCAUCUCUCCCCCAGAGAAUUCCCACAUACAAUUCUGUGCACCCACUAGAUGCCCCAGAUAGUUGAUUUGUGGACAUAAUCGAGAUUAUAUCCCUUAGUGGGAAGUAUUUAAGGAACCAAAACAAGACUUCAUGUCAAGAAAUGAUAGUUCUAACCUUACCUGUUCUUCCUUUAAGAUAAUUUAAAUAAUUUCUGGCAACACACAUUGUUACCUAUACCUACGUAAACUUAACCAGCAAUACAUCUCUUUGAUCUGGUAGUGCCCAGUGGUGGUGACCAUGAAUUUUUCUUAGCCUGCCUGCUCUUUAAGCAGUGUGCCCCAGGCACCUACAGUAAAGGCAAAGCUAGAUGUAAUCAGUGAUAGCUUAGUACCACUUACUAAACUUACUGAGUGCAGGAUUAGGUAGAGAUGAGUAUUGAGAGAAUUUGCCUAUCUAAAAUUAAUUAAAUUUAAGUUGACCCAAAUUUAU